CUGCCGUUGAUCUCGUCUCGCGGUGAUGACGUCAUCAUUCGCGCGCUUCCCCAGUCCCUUCAUCCUAUUCUUCUGAGACUUGAAUAAACGACACAAUCUGCUGUUUUGAUCAUCUACUAGAAAAAGCCCAGGCGCAAUGGAGGAAAAUGAGGAGAUUGGAGAGGAGAAACAUCAUGUCAAAACUGAAGAACAAACUCCCUCACAGACUGAAAGUAUUUCUUUGAAGAAAAUAGACAAGAAAUAUUUCAUCUGCCAUAAGUGUCCGAGUUGUUUCACACGACAAGAAGACCUUCAGGAACACGCGAUCAUCCACACUAUUGAGAAAGUGCAUGAAUGUGAUCAGUGUGACAAAACAUUUGAUUGUGCUUCAGCCCUAAAGAGCCAUCUCAGAGUUCAUUCACAGGAGAAACCAUAUUCAUGUUCUUUGUGUGGAAAGAGUUUAAAACACAAACAAAGUCUCGAGAUUCACAUGAGGAUCCACACUGGAGAGAAACCGUUCACAUGUGAUCAGUGUGGGAUGGGUUUUACACAAUCAUCAAACCUUAAGGAACACAUGAACACCCACACUGGAGAGAAACCAUACGAAUGUGAUCAAUGUGGCAAAACAUUUUCGAGGUCUACAGGCCUGAAGAGCCACAUGUUCGUUCAUUCACAGGAGAAACCACAUUCAUGUUCUUUGUGUGAAAAGAGAUUUUCACGUAUUCAAAGUUUAAAAUUUCAUCAGAAAAUACAUUCUGGUGUAAGAGAUCAUAAGUGCUUUGAGUGUGGGAAGUGUUUUAUUAACUCUAUACGUCUGAAACAACACUGGCGGACUCACACUGGAGAGAAACCGUACAAGUGUUCACACUGCGACAAGAGAUUUCGUCUUUCAGGACACGUGAAAUCACACGAGAGGAUCCACACUGGAGAGAAACCGUAUCACUGCACUCCAUGUGGGAAGAGUUUCACUCAAGUAUCUUCUCUACACAGUCAUAUGAAGAUCCACACUGGAGAGAAACCGUUCACAUGUGAUCAGUGUGGGAAGAGUUUUAGACAAUCGUCAAACCUUCAGGAACACAUGAACACCCACACUGGAGAGAAACCAUACGAAUGUGAUGAAUGUGGCAAAACAUUUUCGAGGGCUACAGGCCUGGAUACCCACAUGUUAGUUCAUUCACAGGAGAAACCACAUUUAUGUUCUUUGUGUGGAAAGAGUUUUUCACGUCUGCAGAGUUUCAAAUUUCAUCAGAAAAUACAUUCUGGUGUAAAAGAUCAUAAGUGCUUAGAGUGUGGGAAGAGUUUUAUUACCGCUACACGUUUGAAACAACACUGGAGGAUUCACACUGGAGAGAAACCGUACAAGUGUUCACACUGCGACAAGAGAUUUCGUCUUUCAGGACACGUGAAAACACACGAGAGGAUCCACACUGGAGAGAAACCGUAUCACUGCACUCCAUGUGGGAAGAGUUUCACUCAAGUAUCUUCUCUACACAGUCAUAUAAAAUACAAUCACAGGAAGUAGUUCAUCUUCAGAUCCGGCACUAUCAGGUCUAAUGCUGUGAGGAAAUAAUACCGUCAAACAAUGAAAUCUCUUCAAAAUCUGUCCUAACCAGCCCCAACGAGCGACAGGACAAAGAAACAUCUAAAUUAGUCUCAGUGAAUAAAGUUAGUCUUCAAGACCA